UGUCCGAUAUGAGGGAUCUAUGUCAACAUGCUCUCGUGUUACCCUUCGAUAUAAUGUAGGACAAAUGUACCGGUUAUGUUCAAUAUUUUUGCAUUAAUUGACUGUAUCAAAGAUGUUUACAACACAACUGUGUCGGCAUUUGGAACGGUGGAGCGUUGGAAGUGCCACUCGAUUUAUCAACCAUAACAGAAGCGUCUGCACGUCGGUGUCGGUUUUUGCUAAUAAAACCAAACAAAUAGAAUUGACAAGGAACAGAUACCCUGGUUUGAAGAAGGGUCCCUAUUCUGACCUGACCGGACAAGAUGUGGACUACUUCAGUAAACUUCUACAAGGACGAGUAAUAACAGAUGCCAGUGAUUUAGAGGGUUCAAAUACAGACUGGCUGGGAACUUGUAGAGGUAGUAGUCAACUAUUGCUACGUCCGAAGACAACAGAUGAAGUAAGUAAAAUAUUAGAAUAUUGUAAUGGACGAAAACUUGCAGUGGUGCCACAAGGUGGAAAUACGGGACUGGUCGGAGGAAGUGUACCAGUAUUUGAUGAGAUCAUUAUAUCUACACAGUUAAUGAACCAAAUAAUCAGCUUAGAUGAUAUUUCAGGAACACUGGAAUGUCAAGCAGGCUGUGUUUUAGCAGCAUUAGACUCGUAUGUGAGUGAUUCUAACCUGACGAUGCCGUUAGAUCUUGGAGCUAAAGGUAGUUGUCAUAUUGGUGGUAAUCUAUCAACCAAUGCCGGAGGUGUACGUUUAUUAAGAUAUGGUUCACUACAUGGGUCGGUUCUAGGUUUAGAAGCAGUUUUAGCCAGUGGGGAGAUAGUAGAUUGUAAAUCAACGUUACGGAAGGAUAAUACAGGUUACGACCUUAAACAACUAUUUAUAGGUUCCGAGGGAACUCUGGGUAUAAUAACUGCCGUCUCUAUUCUGUGUCCACAGAAACCCAAAUCUGUUAGUGUGGCUUUUUUAGGGUGUGAAACAUUUGAAAUUGUUUUGUCGCUUUUUAAAGAAGCCAAACAUAGUCUUGGUGAAAUUCUGCUAGCGUUUGAGUUUAUGGAUUCGGCGUCAAUGGAUACAGUGAGAGACAAUUUAAAUUUAACUAGUCCUGUUAGUGAGUUCCCCUUUUACGUGUUGAUUGAAACUGGAGGGUCGGACGGCAAACAUGAUGAAGAAAAAUUAACAGCAUUUCUAGAAAAUCAAAUGUCAUCUGGUCUGAUAGCAGAUGGAACCGUGGCAACAGAAUCAACUAAAAUAGCAAAUAUUUGGGGAUUAAGAGAAAGAAUGGCGGAAGGAUUAAUGGUGGAUGGAUAUAAUUACAAGUAUGAUGUAUCAUUACCUUUAUCUAAGUUUUAUCAACUUGUAGACGAUAUGAGAGUUCGUGUUGGUGAUCUAGCAACUAGAGUCGUUGGUUACGGUCAUGUAGGCGAUGGUUAGUAUAAAAGUUUUAUCAACUUGUCGACGAUAUGAGAGUUCGUGUUGGUGAUCUAGCAACUAGAGUCGUUGGUUA